AUGAAGGCAAACACUUUAAUCCCUUUGAUUGGUCUGUCGGGUAGUGCCCUGGGUGCUGCUGUGGCCCGGAGUACCCAAGAGCCAUGGGGAUACAAGUCCGGCUCUAAGGAGUCCAUUGCCAACCUGAAGGACAAAAUCGAGAAUGUUGUCUGGGUUAUGCUGGAGAACCGCGCCUAUGACAACAUCUUGGGUGGUGUGCAUAGGGCUGGUCUGGACAAUGUUGUCAACAAUGGUCCUUUCUGGAAUCCCCAGCUAGUGAACGACACUAAGAGCCGCAAAUGGUCUAACCAUUUCAAGGACUACGACUCUGUGCAGCAUGAUCCUGAUCACUCUGUGACUGGUAAUAACUUUGAGUUCUUUGGCACCUAUACCCCGGAUAACGAGGCCAUUGCCAACGGAACCCUGAAGCCUAACCUGAAGGGAUUCGUUGAGCGCCAAAUGACUUCCUAUCCCGAUAUCUCUGCUCAACGGGCUGCCGAUGAGGUUCUCGGUUACUACUCCGAGAGUGAGAUCCCCACCCUUGUGGAUCUGGUGGAUGAAUUCACCACUUUCAACUACUGGCACUCCUGUGUCCCUGGGCCUACCAACCCCAACCGUCUCUGUGCAGUUUCAGGUACAGCCGACGGCCACGGUGAGAAUGACGACAGCUUCCUUGACUCUGGAGUCAACAUCCCAAGCAUCUUCCAAGUGGCCUCCGAGAAGGGCAUCUCAUGGCACAACUACGACGGCACCAACGGAGCUUUCCUGCCAGACUCCCUCUUCUUCAACUGGACCGCCGCCAAUGCCAAGAGCAACGUCGUCCCUCUGGAGAACUUCUACCAAGAUGCUUACUUGGGUCUUCUCCCUCAGCUUUCCUACGUCAACCCCUCCUGCUGUGACCUGAACACCAACUCGAUGCACCCCAACGGCAACGUCUCAUUCGGUCAAGUCCUCGUUAAGCAGGUCUAUGAUGCCGUCCGCGCGGGCCCCCAAUGGGACAAGACCCUUAUUCUCUUGACCUUCGACGAGACGGGUGGUUUCUUCGACCACGUUGCUCCCCCUCUUGCUAUCCGUCCUGAUGAAAAGACCUACGUUGAGACUGCUCCUAACGGAGAGGAGUAUACAUUGAACUUUGACCGCCUCGGUGGACGUUUACCUACUUGGUUGAUCUCUCCUUAUGCCCCUCGUGGUCACAUUGAGAACUACGGUACCAACCCUAGCACAGGUAAAAGCGAGUCUUACAGUGCUACGUCUGUGCUGAAGACGCUGGGAUACCUGUGGGAUUUGGAGGAUUUCACUCCUCGUGUGUCUAACUCUCCUGCUUUUGACCACUUGAUUGGUCCUAAGGCUCGUGAGUCUGCUGUUGAGACUUUGGCAAAUCCUCACACUUUUGCCGAUGCUAUUUAA